UACUGCGCAGCUGCUAGGCUACAGCGCGCGAGGCGACACUCCCUCAUUCCGCCGAGAGCUGGACCGACUGAAGGAAGGAUUCACCGGAACUUCAGCCUGUGCGGCUGUCACAGUUUUAAAUAGGGGUUCGGUCCAACAUGGCGGCAGACGGAUGGAAAUACUGAUGACAGUCCGAAAGAUCGCCUCGAUUUGUACGAUGGGCGCCAAUGCCUCUGCUUUGGAAAAGGAGAUUGGACCGGAACAGUUCCCUGUUAAUGAACACUACUUUGGGCUGGUCAAUUUUGGCAACACCUGCUACUGUAACUCAGUGCUGCAGGCACUGUACUUUUGCCGGCCCUUCCGGGAGAAAGUGCUGGCCUAUAAGAUCCAGCCGCGACGGAAAGAGAGCCUGCUAACCUGCCUGGCUGACCUCUUCAACAGCAUUGCAACUCAGAAGAAGAAAGUGGGAGUCAUUCCACCAAAGAAGUUCAUCUCCAGGUUGAGGAAAGAAAAUGAACUGUUUGACAACUACAUGCAGCAAGAUGCUCACGAAUUCCUCAACUAUUUGCUCAACACCAUUGCAGACCUGCUACAGGAGGAAAAGAGCCAGGAGAGACAGCAGAAUGGAAAGGUAGUACAGAAUGGUGGAAGUGGAGGAGGAGGUGGAAGCGGUAGCAGUACAGGCGAAGGGGAAACGGAGGAAAAGACCCAGCAGACAUGGGUGCACGAGAUCUUCCAAGGCACACUGACCAAUGAGACACGGUGCCUGAACUGUGAAGCGGUGAGUCAGAGGAGGAUGCGGGUGAAGAAAUUACCCAUGAUCCUUGCCCUGCACCUAAAGCGCUUUAAGUAUAUGGACCAGCUUCAUCGCUACACCAAGCUCUCUUAUCGUGUAGUCUUCCCUCUGGAGCUGAGGCUCUUUAACACCUCUGGUGAUGCUACCAACCCUGAUCGAUUGUACGACCUGGUGGCUGUAGUGGUGCACUGUGGGAGUGGUCCAAAUCGAGGUCAUUAUAUCACUAUAGUGAAGAGUCAUGACUUCUGGCUUCUGUUUGAUGAUGACAUUGUAGAGAAAAUAGACGCCCAAGCGAUCGAGGAAUUCUACGGUCUGACAUCGGACAUCUCCAAAAACUCUGAGUCAGGGUAUAUACUCUUCUACCAGUCUAGAGACUGAGCCGGCAAGAGUGACUGACAGAAUGGGAGGGUGUGAUUUGUGAGAGACAGGAUCAGGCAGAUAGGGAGGCUUGGGCUUUGUUGACACAGCUCGGCCCCCUGCUCCAUCCCCUCUCAGUCAAGUCCCUUUUCAUCCAGGCUUAUCAGUGGAGCUUGCACCAGAGCAUCAGUCAGGCCCCAGACAGGAGCAGUUGAUGCCAGAGUGACCUGGAUACAACACCGUAUUCACCAGGCAGAAGUAAUCGCUGUCUGGUUCGCCGUCGUCUCACUCGCCUGCUUUGUGUUGCUCAGCACACACAAAAACGCACAUAUACACAUGUGAAAUGAGCUACACAUACAUCUUGAUGGCCUGAGAAUGGACACUGUACAAACAUUUUUUUCCCCACCACACACAGUAACAAGGUUCAUUUCGAUAAUCUGAUUCACUUUACAUUCGCUGGGUGGUGUGUCAUGAUUUGUGUUUUGGCACAAUGUCACGAUCAGUCCAGAAAGCCGCACGGCGGUUCUUCACCCUCAGAUGUUCAUCUGCAGUGCCAAGCGUGACACAUCAUGCUACAUCCACGUUAACCAGCUAGUUAUAAAUGUGUUGUAUGCAGAACCAGUAGCUCAUGUUGCCAUUGUAGUAGAGCUGCUCCACCUGAAUGGAUAAACCUGACCAGGUUUAAAUUGGCUUAAAGGGGAUGAGCAUAUUUUGUGUUGAGAACUUGAAAAGUGAUUUAAUUUAGGGCCUGUGGAUUGAUGGGUGCUCUGCUCUUUUAAGCAGAGAUGGUUGUGGAUACCAGAGUAGUGCUUGUAUUACGGAUGUAGCUUGGCUUAAGAAUGCUCUUUCAGUAUUCAAUGAAUGUAAAACAUUCUGCCAGUUCUUGUGCACUGCAAGUGAGUGUACAGCUUGAUUAUGUCAUAUAGUGCACACUUAAUAGUGCACUAACUGUAAAGCGUAACAGAUGGAGAUAGAAAUUAGGGCUUUAUAUUAUUCUGAAUAUAAGUUCAAGCUCAUAAAUGCCUAUCAUAUUGAAACCAAAAGCUGCACACAUUUCCAGUCAUGUUUUAUUAACACUGUGGCGCUGUGAGAUUGUCUGAAAUGAAUGUGGACUCAUUCAGUUUAGCCAUUAAACAGUAGAAAUGUUGGAUAAUUCAAACAUAAUGUGGCUCUGCACUCCAUUAUAAAGUCUCCUGAUUCAUUAAGCCGAUUGAAUUGGUUGCAUCUAUUCUGUUUAAUCUCAGUAACUCUUCUCUAGAUCUCUAUCAUCGUCUCUGCCCUCUUAAUUAAUAACGUUUGAACUCAGUAUAGACCUAGAUGGGAAGUGAAGCGCAGUCUUAGAUCUGUCUGUAAAUGUCGGGUUUAAGCUGUGACUUGGCUUAGUAAUAGUUAGAUUGGUUAAGGGGACUCCAUAAAGGAUUGAUUCUAGUUUGUGAUGUUGCACGGCCAGAAGGAUGAGCCACUUCUCCCAGUUCCCUCAUAGCUAGUAAAUAUUUACAAGACAACUAGACAACCCUGCAAUUAGUCAAGAUUUAUAUGCAAAAAAAAAACACACACCCAACAAGAUUAGGUAUUGAGGUCUUGUAAGGCGAAAAGCACAUGAUAGCGAGGUACCGCAGUAAAAUAUUCCAGUUUUGCUUGAAAGAGUUUCAAACACACAGUUGCCUAGCCUGUUGUCCUAAUCUACUUCUCUCCCAACCCAAUAGUUUUGACAAAAAUGGAAAAGGUGGUCGUUUUUUUUUUCACUUCAGGUUUCCUUUGUAAACUACACUGGUUUUAUUUGAUUGUUGGUUUGACAAAAAUGCGCUUUAAUCUGUGAGGGGUCAAAACUGACAGUGCUGCUGAUUAUUAUUCCAUUCAUCCUGUAAAGUCUACUUGGUAUCAAUGCAUGUGUGGUAUAACAACUCUUGACAUUGUAAAGCAUGUAUAAAGGUCUUCUAAACAAGACAUCACAAUGUCUAUAAAGAGGUUUAAGCUUCUCGCUGGUCAGUUAACCUGCUGGCAUUGAGUGUCUUAAGUAGACUGAGCUAUAUGUUGAAAUAAACGAACAUAUAGUGCCAUUCCAUGUAAAUUACACAUUUACACAUGCUAUGUAAGAGUGUUUGUAGAUGUGUUGUCAUCAUCACAGUUGAAUUAAGGCUUGUCCAACCUGCGUUAACUGGAUAUUUUAAUUUUGAAAUUGGCUUGUGAUCUAAUAGUUACGGGGGAAGGAAUGCUUCUUUUAUUUGGGCUCUUUUAUUUAUGUGUAAUUAUAAAUGUUAUAUUAACUUUUCUUUGACAUUCUCAUUUUUAUACAUUUGCUAAUUUGUUCCUUAUUUGAACAUUAUUUGGUUAUGUGAAGAGAGAGUUGAAACAAAAAUGUAAGGGUGAUAAUGUUGGAAU